GUUUCCUAAUGCGCACCGAUGGCGGUGUGAGGCUGAGGGAGUGCGCGCGCGCUGCUGUGGAUCUGUAACUCUUCUCGUCUCCCUGCCUCGGUCCUGUCCAGCAGAGAAGGAUCUAAACAAAGCUAUGGAUUACUCUUUCUGUCUUUUGCUCUUCUUAUCAGCCGUCUCGUCUGCCUCCACCAAUAAUUUCCCAUCUCCCCAGAGAUAUAUGAUGAUCACAAGCGUCAUUUCACGGUGGAGUCCAACGAUGCUACAGAGCUGGUAAGGACAGCUGCUGAGAACAUAGAGGAGCUCCUGGCAAAUCGUACUAAAGCCCUAAAGAGGCUGGCAACGGAGGCUGAAAAUUUUCAGAAGGAACACCAGUGGAGGGUCGACAGUGAGGCUAACAAACUCUUCUACUACAAUGCUAAAGAUGGGAUAAACAGAACAGCAUUAGAGGUGAAACAGGAGAAAGAAAAAGAGAAGAGGAACCGAUUCAUUCCAGAUGAUUUUGAAUUCGACCCAGCCUUUAAACGACUCGUCUCGUUCAACACCACCGGCGUUCACAUCCCCACGGACAUAUAUGAAGGCUCUACCAUCAUUUUAAAUGAGCUAAAUUGGACAGAAGCUUUGGAGGAAACGUUCCGGAUAAACAAAGAGGAAGAUCCCUCGCUGCUCUGGCAGGUGUUUGGAUCUGCGACGGGACUGACUCGUUACUAUCCAGCUUCCCCCUGGAUCGACACCAGCAGCUCACCAAAUAAGAUCGACCUGUACGACGUGCGAAGGCGACCCUGGUACAUUCAGGGGGCAGCUUCACCCAAGGACAUGCUGAUCCUAGUGGAUGCGAGUGGAAGCGUAUCAGGUCUCACCCUCAAACUCAUCAAAACAUCUGUAGGCACCAUGCUGGAGACCCUCUCUGAUGACGACUUUGUGAACGUGGUUUAUUUCAACAAAAGCGCCAGGCCUGCAGCAUGCUUUCAGAACCUGGUGCAGGCCAACGUGAGGAACAAGAGGACACUGAAGAAUGCGGUACUGAAUAUCAAAGCUGAGGGGAUCACCAACUACACAAGUGGCUUCGAGCUGGCCUUUCAGCAGCUCAACCAGACAAAUGUGUCUAGAGCCAACUGCAACAAGAUCAUCAUGCUGUUCACCGAUGGGGGAGAGGAGAAAGCAGAGGAGAUAUUUGCAAAAUACAACCCCAAUCAAGCGGUACGCAUCUUUACAUUUUCUGUUGGUCAGCACAGCUAUGACAAAGGACCAAUCCAGUGGAUGGCCUGUGCUAAUAAAGGUUAUUAUUAUGAGAUCCCAUCUAUCGGGGCCAUUCGGAUCAACACCCAGGAGUACCUGGAUGUUUUAGGGAGACCAAUGGUCUACGCUCACAAAACUUCCAAACAAGUGCAGUGGACGAACGUCUACCUGGAUGCUCUGGAGCUUGGACUAGUGAUCACCGGAACUGUGCCGGUUUUCAACUACACAGGCACAACCCCACAGUCAAAGAAGCCAAAAAACCAGCUCAUCUUGGGGGUUAUGGCUGUAGAUGUCUCCCUGGAGGACAUUAAGAGACUGACCCCUCGGUUUACAUUUGGACCAAAUGGCUACUACUUUGCUAUUGACCCAAAUGGAUAUGUGUUGCUCCAUCCAAAUCUUCAGCCACUGACGGCCAGAUUUGACGAACCUGUUACGCUCGACUUUCUGGACGCAGAGCUUGAGAACGAGAUCAAAGUGGAGAUGAGAAGAAAAAUGAUUGAUGGUGAAAGGGGAAGUUACACAAUAUCAACACUAGUGAAAUCUCAAGAUGAGCGUUACAUUGACCAAGGUCAGAGGACGUACACCUUUACACCGGUGAAGGAUACAGACUACAGCUUGGCUCUGGUCCUUCCAGAGUACAGCAUGCAUUACAUUCGUGCGAAAAUCGAUGACACAAUCACUCAGGCAAAAUUUUCUGAGAGCCUGAUGGCAGAUAAGUUCGAUGAGUAUGGAUACACAUUCAUCGCACCAAGAUUGUACUGCAAUGACUUAAAGCCACUGGACAAGAACACAAACAACACAGAGUUCCUGAUGGAGCUUAAUAAUUACAUUGACAUUAAGACACCAAAUGAUCCAAAUUGUAAUAGGGACCUGGUGAACCGACUGCUUUUGGAUGCUGGCAUCACCUCAGACCUGAUCAAGAUCUGGAAGGGAAAUGAGUUGCAGCAUGGUGUUGUGGCCAGAUUUGUUGCCACUGAUGGAGGAAUCACACGCGUCUUCCCCAAAAGCGCUGGGCUGGACUGGAAUGAAGAAGCAGAAACAUACGAAUCAAGUUUCUACAAGCGAAGUUUGGACAACGACCUGUACAUUUUUACACCAGCACCAAACAAUGAAAGUGAUGGGAUCCUUGUGAGUAGAGCAGUGAACCUGGACAUUAAAGGCAUCACACUCAAACCAGCUGUGGUCGGCGUUAAGCUGGACGUCGAGGCGUGGAUGGAGAACUUAAUCAAAGUUGCGUACAAGCAGAAUUGCAAGGAUGAGAUCUGCGGCUGCAUGAGAAACGACAUGAACAUAGACUGUGUCUUUCUGGAUGAUGGUGGUUUCCUGGUGAUGUCCAAUCAAGAUGAUUACAAUAAGAAGAUCGGGAAAUUCUUUGGCACCAUCAACCCCAGCCUCAUGAGAACCAUGGUCAACGUGUCGCUCUUCACCUCCAUAAGCACCUACGACUACCAGUCGCUGUGUGACCCCAAGGAGAAAGUCAAGUCGGCUGCAGGCCUGCGAUCCAUCUACGUGCCGUCGAUAGCAGAUAUUCUGAAUGUAGGAUGGUGGGCCACAGCUGCAGCCUGGUCAAUCGUGCAACAGCUGCUGGUCAGCAUCACGUUCCCCAAUUUUCUGGAUGCGGCUGAAAUGGACGAUGAUGCAGCAGAUGCCAUAAAUAAGGAUGUAUGCAUCACUAAGCAAACUCAGUACUACUUUGGGAACAAGGAGAUGUCUUUCAGUGGUCUUGCAGAAACGGACAACUUCUCUGGGUUUUACCACGCCGAAAAGCUGCCCCAGACGAACCUGGUCUUCAUCAUCAGUGAAAAAACACUGAAUAGCUCAGGAAACGCAAUUCCGUUAAUUCAGGACGAACAGGAGUCUGACGGGCCGGAUCCUUGUGAAGUAGCUCUCAAUCCUCGCUACAGGAAAGGACCUUCGUUUUGUUUUGAUAAAACUGAGAACGAGAAGAACCAUGACUGUGGUGGGGUCUCCAGCCUGAGUCCCACUCUCUGGCUGCUGGUGAUCCUUCAGGUGGCCCUGCUCUGGGUCAUGACUGACCUCAGGCAUCAAGCCAUCCCAUCGUGAACUCUGAACAGUACAAUCCAGUCUAACACAUCCGCUCCCUCCAGAUCACUAACACGGCUACCAGCAUGCAGCACUGCAACACAACGACAACAUCCGACGAGAGAAACCCCUGGGAAUUCUUCAAGUUUUCUUCUCGACGCGUUUACUUUCAGGGGGGAUCUUGGAGUGAUUCGACCAGAGUACAAGUGAUAAAAGAAAUCUGCCUCUAAAGAUUUGAGUGCUUUGAAAGGUCUCUUUCUUCAGCUGUCCCUCGUUACUUCCGUGGUUCCUGCAGUUAGAGGAACCCAGAGAUUAUUUUUGGUUGGUUUCUUCUGGACAUUAUUUAUCUUGAUGUCACUGAUUAAAAAGGAUUGGACUGCCUUACAUUGUCAAAAGGGGCUAAAUCCUGAUGGAGGACUUUGAAAUGAGGUUUUAUUCAUCACUGCCAAAAACAGUGCUACCCGUUGCGAGAGUAGACUUUACUGUCAGUCAACUUGCGGUUCUUAUUUAUUAGUUUUUGUUUCUGUUGGUUUUUUUAUGGAGAACUUUUACGGUUUCACUUAACGACGCCAAAUGAUUACACCUGAUGCCGUCCAGUUGCCUCAGCUGGAUUGUUGUUUAGAUCAAACAGCAAAGAACAUUUUACAGUGUCUCUGAGGACAUUGUCCAUACUUCAAUCUGCUGUUCUUUCACUAACAUCUCCUUUUUGCAGUGUGGAAAUUCUGUUUAUUUUAAUAAUAACACAAAAACCCUUCUACUGCCACAAAGCGCUUCAUUAUGGGUGGAAGACUUCUUCCUGUGAAGCUGAUCUUUUAUCCGUCAGCUCAAUAAUUUAUUUUCUGUUUGAAUUUCCUGCCUUGAUUUUUGGAUCCAUCCAAAGAAACCUUGUUGCCAUAGUGAGCACCAACCAAUUAGCCUGAUUGGCCUCCGACAUGGUUUAUUGGACAAGAUCUCCAGUGCCAUGCACUCUGUAGCUGAUAAAUGGAUAAUAAGGGUGUUUAAUUAACUUUAAUUAUUUACUAAUAGCUUAUUGGUCAUUCAGCUGUUUUGUUGCCUCCAAAAGAGGCACAAUUUACAUGUUUGAUCUUUUAAAAGGGAAAACUGUAAAUCUUCAUUUUUUGCUGUCACUUUUUAAAUGAAAUGACUACUACCUGAGCUGCUUAUUAACCUGCAGCUGUUUUUGUUUUUAGUUUAAAUCAUCACUUCUUCCUUUAGUUUAAUAACUUGUGGGAUAAACUGAGAAAAAUAUUGCAAUAUAAAGCAUUUAAAAGAUAAUUAAAGUUGUCCAAACUUUUAACAGAAACAUUACUGCAAAGGGUUACGGGGUGCACUUGUGCAAAUAAUUUACACGUUUUAGGACAGUAAUGAUGCUGAAGGGUAUUUAGUCAAGUUUUAUAGCAAACCAUAAUACCACUUAUCCUCAUGACCAUGACUUCAUAGUAGAAAACAUAAGUCUAAGUGCCAAAAUGGCCUGUCUGCACCCUAAAACUGUCAAAUACUAUCUUUCUUACUAAAUUAGUCUUCUUUGUUGUGCCUUUCUCUCCAAUUUAUUAAAUAGAAAAUGCAAAUAUUAAAAAAAAAGAAUUAUGACUGUGCUGAUACUACUGAUGGUGUUUACGUUUUCCUUUAAAAAUGGGAUCUUAUUCCCCAAAACAAGAGUUUUGUUUUAAGAGAGCACCAACGCAUUAGGCCACUGCUUCAAAAUGCAACUAAUCUGCAGUUAUCCUCAACUUUGAGCUUGCAGCAAAUAUUUUAGUAAAUUUAUUCAAAUUAAAUCAUAGAAUAUGAUGUUUACAGUGAGGAAAUUGUAUCAAAUGUAAAACUCCGGCCUUAAUUCCUUAAUCUAACCAGUGCUCUGCUGAUAAUGAUAUUUCAUACAGUUUGAUGGCUAUUUAAAUGUUUGUAGCACAAAUUUUAAGUUAAAAGUGUCAUACAUAAAGUCAUUGAGAAGGUUGCAAAAUGUGUAAAAUGUUAAGAGUCUAAACUAAUAAAUAUGCUACCAGUGCGAUUGAAUUAGAUGGAACUCUGUCACAGAUUCGCCACUAAAGCGAAGCCAGGUUGUAUAUUUUCUCAUGUAAGCGUGCGUGCGUGCGUGCGUGCGUGCGUGCAUGCGUGCGUGCGUGCGUGUGUGUGUGUGUGUGACCCUACGGAUUUGCUAUUUUUUUCUGUUGGGACUUGAAAGACAUACAUUAAGCUUCUUCCAUCUUGAAACGUCUGUUUUCGGCGAAAAUAAUCCCCGUCGUUCUGAACGAUGUCAGUUUUUGUUUGAAGCAUUUCUCCAAAUCAGAUCAGGGCUCGUCAGGCUUCCUUUUAGUUUUUUGGAAAAGCUCCAUCCCAAAACCAGACGUAUUAUCAGUAAUUUUCCAAGUGGUUUGAGGUUUUUCAGCGUCUUUAGUGACCUAACGAUAACAGCGUGGUGGUGUUCCUGCGCCUCUCUCACUCACACUCAAAAAGUGCCAUUUAGUUGAACUUGUAUUCUCUUGUGGAGAAACCUAUUAUCUCAAAAUAACAUUUAUGCAACCUAACCGAGUAAGUCUCUGAAAUGGUUUCCCUGUGCUGCAUGGUAAUGGCUGAGCAACUAUCCAGUGUGCUUUUGCUUCCCCUGUGCUUGACGUUGGGAAGCCUGAUACUUAUGGUGUUGAGCAUUAGUUCACAGGAACGACUUGGUAUGAUUGGCUAAUACUGCCGUCCUCUUGGGGAGACAGCAUUUGGCUUUGCUGCAGAACCACAACCAGAUUGGUGAUGUCUGAAUGCACUAUUCAGUCUGACUGGUUCAAGCUUUUAGUGAGUCACUGGUAUUUAGGCACCGUACCCGUGAUUUUGCCCGUUUACCACAAAUCAUGAGUACUUUGUAUCGUUUAGAAGCUCUGCUAUAGUGUUUCAGAAAGGACCGUCCGUUCAAAAAAAUGUUGAUAGACAUUUCAUAAAAUAACAAAAGAUCUCCAAAACUUCUUUCUGGAUUGGAUCUCUCCUCAGACAUCAUCAUCAGGUGAACUUUUGAAAAGAAUUAACUUUCUGACUUUUCCUUUUUAACUAAAUGUGCAGCUCAAUGACCCGAUUCAAAUGUUUUACCUCCUUCCUGAUGGAACAGUUUCGGUUCAUUUCUGCCUUGGUGCCUUUUUAUAACUGACCCAUGCUGACAGAUUGUUGACACGAUCCAAACACUUCAAGAUUUCAAAUUGGCAUAUUCCUCACCCCUAACUGCGAUCUUGUUAUUCAAAGUUAAAUCAAGGAGGUAACCGAUCCAGGGUCAGCAGUUGCUCUUCCCAGCUCCUUCUGGGACAUCCCAAUUUUUCCAAGGCCAGAAAGUAUUCACCUUUAUUGUAAGGUGCCCUGUGCCAACAGGCAGUUACUUGGGAGCCCCGAGCCACAAGUGGCCGCCAGAGAGUCGAGAAACUUUGAAGUCAAAAGUGCAACAGCAGUGAGAUAUUUAAACGGGCGGAGAUUCUUGUGUUGGAGAAUCAUGUCUGCGCAGCAUUUAUAUCCCCCACCCUACUCGGACGGAAAAACAGCAACAGUUCCUAAUAGCUGCGAUUAAGCGGUAGUACUAAUCAUGAGUUUAGGUUAUUAGGCUAAAAUGCUGGCAUGGUCAGUCGAAUCACUUGAAAUGGAGACGUGUGUGUUUCACAUGAAACCAGUUAAUGCAGUGCAUACAAAUCACGACCUCCAUCGGUCUCCAGAUGUUUCGUUCUGCUCUAAGUGCUAAAAUCAGAUGCUGUCACCUCAGGAAUAAUGUUGGCUCAACAUGAUACAAAGUGUUUCCGAUUCUGUUGGUGCUCUCUUUAUGAAAUGUGUUGGCUGGCCUCUUUUUCUUCCUGAAUCUGGAGGAUUGCUCAGUGUGUGUUUUUGUGUCUAUGACUAGCUUCCACUUUGGCAGAUGAUUAGCUUGUCAGUCUCCCUCUGAGCCUUUGGUUGGAUGGCAGGCUCUUGGUGUGGGGGUUGCACCUCACUAGACUCAGCUUUGAAAGGGUCUCAUGGCUUCUCUGUAAGUCUACUUUGAUUGUGCUUCAAUGGCAAUUCUUCAGAAUCAGUGAUGUAAAAAAUGUAAUCGAGCAAAGUUCUUCUAAUUAAAGAAAAAUGUUUCUAA